CGGCGAUGGCGCGGACGGGCUCGUGCGCUCCUGCUAGCUGGCGCGAACAGAGCGAUGACGCGUUGGGUACUGUAUUAAAUGCGGUUGUAUGUAUACAGCGUCAUUAUGUACUUUCGCAAACUACGUGCGGAAACGGGGACGUCCAACAUAACCGGUAAAUAUCGGUCCAGGAUAGUUAUGUUCUGUUGGUACAGGUGCGCAAGUACUGUUCAUAGGAAACUCCGUAUGGUGCGUCCGUUACACAAACGCCGCGUGCGAGAUGGAUAAGUGAUUGCUAUAAUGUGGGCCAUCGUCACCCGACUGACGCUGAAAAGUAAAACCAGAUCUGUCUUCUCCCCGGUGGUGCCUGGCGCGGUAGACGAAUUUGAAACUGCAUGGGAGCAGCUUAUUGAGACUGCAUGUGUGCGUACGAGUUCAGAGAUGUCUGCAGCUCAGUCGAUCGGGUACUCUGCUGGGCAGGUGUCUUCAAGUUCUGCUUCGUUCGGCAUUCGACUCGUUGACCAGCGAGAGCAGCCAACAAGCAGUGAUCCACAGCAUGAAGUUUUCUCCCGCAGAUCCUCUUUGAUCGCGGCUUCAGUUCAUGGCAGGACUGAUGGCGUGUCAAUGGCGGAUGGAGAUCUGAAAGAAGAACCUGAAGUCCAUAUCUCGUCUUUCAGCUGUGGAGGAGGUGGCUACAUAUGAUCUCGUCUUUCAGCUGUGGAGGAGGUGGCUACAUAUGAUACAGAAGACCAUAUUUUUGCUGACGGUGAUGACUCCACAAACGCGAGCAGCUGCUGAAAGUCAACUACCAAAGUCGCUCGUGGAUCCACCACCGACGACGAUGAUGGCGCCACACCAGCUAAGCGGGCGCGCCUUGAUGAAUGAAAAAUCUGCGGGAUGUGGUAACAGCUGAUAAGAUGGAGCUACGACUCCAUAAGUAGAAAGCCGUGACAAGAUUAGCCCACUAUUUGGUUUGCCUGAAAUAAUAAAUGUAGUUGUCGUUUUCCCCCUUUACCGCUUUAGUACAGAAGUGCAAGCGUAGGAAAUUGUAUUGUGUUAGGUUUGUAUGGAGAACUGAAUGUAGGUCCCACCACGCCUAGCUGGAUUGUAUGGUUUCUGCUUAAUGUAGUUCACCGUUCGUGAAAA